AUGGUUUUCCGGAAUUGGUGGUCACUGGCCCUUGUAACUUUCCUCUGUCCACUCGUUGUCCAAGCUGAAGAAGUCGUCACUUGUUUGGACGUCCCUUCGCCGAAUGUGGUAGUAAAUCCUUCUUUUGAAAAUGGCUUAACUUGCUUCAGACUCGAACAGUUUCCACUGACAAUGCCAAGGCUCGUUCCUUCAAGCGCUUCAUACCUCUUAAUGGGACAGACUAUCAGCAAUCUGGAGGUUGGCCAUGAAUAUGCCAUCUCUAUGGACUUCUUUGGCAUAGUCUCCCAAGCGUACAGUAUAACAGAGCAAUGCGUUGUUUAUCUUCACCAUGAUAGCUUGACCACAGCCAACUUGAUUGGUAAUUAUGGAGUCAGACAGCUCAAUAAAGCGACUACUGCUCCGAUAACUUACAGUGGUACAUAUACACCAGUGUCUAGCAGCAUGAAUCUCAAUCUUUAUAUAUCCUGUACACCGUACAAAUCUUCUCUGAUUUUCAACGUAUACGUCGACAACUUCAAAGUGGCUCGUGUUUCUCCGACACAAUCGUGCACAACGACGACUCUCACGCCAACUCCUACGCCGACACCAUCGGUCAUAAUCUCUUCGUCAGCUUCUGUGCCAGUCUCGUCUUCUGCACCAGUCUCGUCUUCUGUGCCAGUCUCGUCUUCUGCACCAGUCUCGUCUUCUGUGCCUGUCUCGUCUUCUGCACCAGUCUCGUCUUCUGUGCCUGUCUCGUCUUCUGCACCAGUCUCGUCUUCUGUGCCAGUCUCGUCUUCUGUGCCAGUCUCGUCUUCUGUGCCAGUCUCGUCUUCUGUGCCAGUCUCGUCUUCUGCACCAGUCUCGUCUUCUGCACCAGUCUCGUCUUCUGCACCAGUCUCGUCUUCUGCACCAGUCUCGUCUUCUGUGCCAGUCUCGUCUUCUACACCAGUCUUGUCUUCUGUGCCUGUCUCGUCUUCUGCACCAGUCUCGUCUUCUGCACCAGUCUCGUCUUCUGCACCAGUCUCGUCUUCUGCACCAGUCUCGUCUUCUGUGCCAGUCUCGUCUUCUGUGCCUGUCUCGUCUUCUGCACCAGUCUUGUCUUCUGUGCCAGUCUGGUCUUCUGUGCCAGUCUCGUCUUCUGCACCAGUCUCGUCUUCUGCACCAGUCUUGUCUUCUGUGCCUGUCUCGUCUUCUGUGCCAGUCUCGUCUUCUGCACCAGUCCCGUCUUCUGUGCCUGUCUCGUCUUCUGUGCCAGUCUCGUCUUCUGUGCCAGUCUCGUCUUCUGCACCAGUCUCGUCUUCUGUGCCAGUCUCGUCUUCUGUGCCAGUCUUUGCCACUCUGUCUGGUAGUGUCACUCUGUCUAGCAGUGCCACUCUGUCUAGCAGUACCACUCUGUCUAGCAGUACCACUCUGUCUGACAGUGCCACUCUGUCUGGUAGUGCCACUCCGUCAGAUAGUUUGCAGUUGACGACUUCCACUGUUCUGACGACCCAAAUUGCUACUAUAACUGCCUGCCCAUCUUCAGUAACUGACUGCCCUGCAAGGUCGAAGACAACCUAUACCACCACUGAGAUAAUUGUACUGUCAACAACCAUCUGUCCAGUGACUGCAACGGAGACCGCUACCAUAAGUGAGGCUACGACAACAGCUACUUUAGCUUCCUCAUCCACCGAUCUAUACACUACAUCGACUUUGUUCACUACCCGUACGGCUGCCGUGACUGCUUGCCCAUCUGGCGUGGAUGACUGCCCAGCAUCUUUAAAGACAACUUCCAUGACCACGGAGACAAUUUUGCUGACGACAACUAUCUGCCCGGUGACAGCAAAUGAGCUUGCCGGAUUUCCUACUACUGCAACUGUGAUGCCUACUCUGACUCGAUCGGCCGCUCACACUACCGACCUGACUACGUCAACUGUUUUCUCGACUCAUACUGCUACUGUGACUGCUUGCCCAUCCGGCAUUCAUGACUGUCCAGCAUCUCUGAAGUCAGCUUUCGUAACUACCGAGAUAGUACCAGUCUCAAAUACUGUCUUCUCAGUGGUCGAGAGCUCUAUCGCUUCAACAUUAUCUUUGGACUCCUAUUCUUCCAUCGCCACUUCUAUUGACACUGUUGAUGUUGCUGCUACCGCUACUGGCGAGGAAGAGGUUACUACGAAGAUCAUUCCUGGAGAGAGUACCUCCGCAACUCUCCACAGACCUAGUGCGCCUGCAAGGGGAGCUAGUAGCCUGGGAAUUUCCACACCUGUUUACUCAACUAUGAUUACUAACUCUCCUAUUGCCUUCACACAAUCGGCUACUAGUACCGGUCCUAUCGCUCCUUCGUGGACUGGCGGUGCUGGUUUUACUCGGCCUGCCAAUCUCGUUCAAAUGCUCACCGGGCUUGCCUUGAGCUGUCUGGUUUUCUUUCUUUAA